UUUUGAUACAUACUAGUACUCUUAACACAUGUCUAUAGUUCACUUCAUACACGUGCCUAUGUUUGCACGAUGACCACAGCAAAGUGUACCUUGAGUCCUGUCUCAAACAAUGGUCUUCCUGUGCUGUUUGAACAACAGAGGAGGUUAGCCAAUGACAUAACACAUUGUGCCUGGCCAUGUGGAUCACCCCACUAUGCCUACCCUCACCUGAGGGGAAGUGUUGUCAUGUUUCCUGUCCUUGUCUCUGUCCUUCACAUUCUUAGUUAUUAGACAAGUUUAUACAUGUACAUUGUACUAUAGCCUCCUAGGCACUCAUUGUGUUUGGAACAGAAUGAGAACUUACAUGUAGUGCAUUGAAUCAGCUGUCAGGCAACUGUAUCCAGACUCACAUCCACUGAAUCCAGACAUGGCUAAGGUACAACAGAGAACGAGAAUGCCCAGCGGCAGUGAGACGUUGGUCCUUGAGAGGGAUCCUCAACUUGAAGACGUCAAAUUUGCCAACGGAGCGAGUAGUCCCAUCAAGCCAGGACAAUGGGGUCGAGCAUGGGAGGUCAACUUGUUUACCUACGUUGGUGUUCUGCUCCUCUUGACUGCCUGUCCCCUGCUGGUUCUGUACUUCUACAUUGCCUGUGACAAGUACCAGUGUUCCCUGACCACCCCACUACUGGAGGUCUACCAUGGAGAGGCUACCCUACACGACCUGUGGUUGAAGGCACCGGCCAUGACAGCCAAAGCCUGGAAAGUUGGCGCCAUCUGGCUAAUGUGGCAGAUUUUUCUCUACGUUGGCCUACCCGAUGUUUUCCACAAGAUAAUUCCCGGCUAUGUAGGAGGCGUACGUCCUGGCGCACGAACACCAGCUGGCCUGGUUAACGACUACAACGUCAACGGCCUCCAAGCCUGGGCAAUAACCCACAUAGUAUUCUUUGCCAAUGCCUUUUACUUCCAUUGGUUCUCACCAACCAUUAUUUUUGAUAACUGGGGGGGUCUUCUCUGGGUUGCAAACACUAUGGGGUAUGCGGUAUCUAUUUUUGCCUUUGUCAAAGCUCAUUACUUCCCAACUUGUGCAGCAGAUAGAAAAUUCAGCAGCAACUUCGUCUAUGACUUCAUGAUGGGGGUUGAAUUCAACCCUCGUAUUGGAAAGUGGUUUGAUUUCAAACUGUUCUUCAACGGCCGUCCUGGUAUCGUUGCCUGGACCCUGAUCAACCUCUCUGCAGCAUUCAAGCAAUAUGAACUAUACGGACAUGUCACCAACUCCAUGAUUCUGGUAAACGUGCUGCAAGCCAUGUACGUCAUGGACUACUUCUGGAAUGAGCACUGGUACCUGCACACGAUAGACAUCUGCCAUGACCACUUUGGCUGGUACCUUGGCUGGGGAGACUGUGUGUGGCUGCCAUGGAUGUAUACUCUGCAGGGCCAGUAUCUGGUGUACAACCCUGUACAGCUGUCAACCUUCCACUGCCUGGCCAUGUGGGGGCUUGGCCUCGGCGGCUACUACAUCUUCCGCGCCGUCAACCGACAGAAGGACCUGUUCCGCCGCACCGACGGAAACUGCCUCAUCUGGGGGAAGCCUCCGAAGUACCUGCAGUGUUCCUACAUCUCCUCCGACGGGAAGAGGCACCAGAGCAAGCUUCUGCUGUCGGGUUGGUGGGGCCUGGCACGACACUUCAACUACACCGGCGACCUGAUGGGCUGCCUGGCCUACUGCAUGUCCUGUGGGUUUGGCCAUCUCCUGCCGUACUUCUACAUCGUCUUCAUGCUCAUCCUCCUCAUCCAUCGCUGUCUCCGAGACGAGGAGCGAUGUCGCUCAAAGUACGGGAAUCAGUGGGACAAGUAUGAGUCCCUAGUGCCAUAUAGGCUGCUUCCUGGCGUCUUUUAAACUACCUUUGUCCUUCCAAAACUUCUGAAAAGUUCCUAAAUAAAUAGUACACUGACCACAGUGAAAUAUGUCUUCCAGUCCCUUGUACAUUUGAAGGUAAAGUUCCUUUGACAGUCUUUUCUAACCAACAAUCCAGCAACCUUCAGCUGCCUUCAGUAUGGCAAAAAAGAGUUGUUCAAUUUUCUUUCAAUUGAUUUAAGAACAUGAGGAAGCUAUUCACUGUAGUCCUUCGUACUGUUCUGUACCUAGCCUGAUGUGUUAUUUGCUCUUACUUCAAAAUUUUUCCAAAGGCCUCAACCUUUUCCCAAAACGCCAACUUAGGGGGCUUUCAAAUCAGCCCAAGGAUAUUCUUGAUAAAUACAAAUACUGCAUGUAUACAGGUUUAAGUACAAAAAUGUAUUAAGAUGCAUUGGUUACUAAUGCAUUAUGAAUUUUUAUUGAUGAUUCAACAAACAAAACUUCGGACAAGGCCAGUAAAGCUUGCCAGAGAUGUCAAUGAUUAGAAAAAUUGUGGAUUCAGCCAGUAUGUAUAGCCAAAUUAAGCUUAUAAGUCUUCACCCAGGUUACACAAACCUGAAGAUGUGCAAUUUGUUGUGAUAUAGGCAUAUGCUUGAUUUUUUGUUGCUAUGCAAUGGUAGUACCUUGGUUAUGAAGCCAUAGACCUCAUACCUCAACUUGAGACAUUUUGAGUUAGAUGAUAUCAAAAUAUAAAGAGUUUCUUCCUACAUACACACAUGUUCAUUGUGUACUUGGCAGCAUUGACUAUUCAAAACUAUAUGCAAGAUGGUUCUGUUGCCAUUUUCAAUUUCUUGAGGGCUCAGAUGUUAGCUGGUAAGUCAACAGUCUUUCCCCCCUUUU